AUGAAGAGUAAAGUGGACAUGAUAGUAAACUUCACCCAGCAGCACUUCACUUCCCAGGUGGAAGUCACUGUCUGGGAGCCCCGACUCCCCUUGCAGAUUGAGAUCUCAGACACAGAGCUGAGCCAGAUAAAGGGUUGGAGGAUCCCGGUGGCCUCCAACAGAAGGCCCACCCAUGAGAGUGAAGACUAGGAGGACGAGGAGAAGAAGGGAUGAGGCUGCUCCCUGCAGUACCAGCAUGCCCUGGUGCGCGUCCUCACCCAGUUUGUGACUGAGUCAUCUGACUUGGGUCAGCUGACCUACAUGUUGGGCCCAGACUGGCAGUUUGACAUCAUUGACCUUGUGACAGAGUUCAUGAAGGUGGAGGAGCCCAGAGUCGCCCAGUUACAGGAUGGCAGGACCCUGGUUGGUUGGGAGCUGGGAAUCACCACUGUUCAGGUCCUCUCACCUCUCUCUGACUCCAUCCUGGCUGAGAAGACAGUGAUUGUCCUGGAUGACCGCAUCACCAUCGUGGAGCUGAGCGUUCAGUUGGUGGCUGGCUUGUGUCUCUUCCUGCAGCCUCACAGGGUGGACCGAAGGGUCAUCGUCUCCACGGUGGCUGCCCAGGAUGUCCUCCAGGCCCCACAGCAGGAAGCCAUAGUCAGUUCUUGGAUUUUGUUCAGUGAUGGCUCCAUGACACCUUUAGACAUUUAUAAUCCCAAGGAUUUUUCAAUAACUGUCUCAUCAUUGGAUGAAAUGGUGGUGUCUGUCCAGUCAAACUUGCAGUCCCAGUGGCCGGUUGUGGUUGCAGAGGGCGAAGGACCAGGACCCCUGAUAAAGUUGGAGAUGAUGAUCAGAGAACCUUGCCAGAAGACCAAGAGGAAGAGUGUUCUUGCUGUGGGUAAAGGAAGCCUCAAGGUCAGGUUUGCACCAGGCAUGGAGGAGGAGCACCGAGGAGGCAGCAAUGACAUUGAGGGCAUGAACUGGGAAUACAAAGAUCACCUGAGCAACUCCAUAGAGCGGGAAGGGAGCCAGGAGUGAGCAGUCCAGGAGUGGCUCCAGCGUGGGGGCCCUGCUAGCCCAGAGGACAGGACCAACAGGAGCACAACCCUGCCGCUGCCUGGGGAGGGGAAGGACAAGAAGCUACUUAAGAGUGGUGGUGCAGAUGCCUUCACCAGCUUCCCCACCCAGGGGAAGUUUCUAGAAUCCAGUAACCCUAGUGACCUUACAGUGGCCUCCAGGGGCUUGACAGACUUGGAGAUCAGCAUGUACACCCUGCUCUGCAUCUUCUGCCUGGCCAUCCUGGUCUUCCUGAUCAACUGCGAGGCGUUUGCCUGGAAGUACAGACACAAAAGGCUUGCGGUGAGCGAGCAGGGCAACAUACCCCACUCCCAUGACUGGGUCUGGCUUGGGAAUGAGGUGGAGCUUUUGGAGAACCCAGUGGACAUCACACUCCCCUCAGAGGAGUGCACGACCAUGAUAGACAGGGGGCUGCAGUUUGAGGAGAGAAACUUCCUGCUGAACGGAGGUUCCCAGAAGCCCUUCCACAGUCAGCUGCUCAGACCUUCUGACUUUGUCUAUGAGAAAGAGAUAAAAAAUGAACCUGUAAACUCUUCUGGCCCGAAGAGGAAGAGGGUCAAGUUUACUUCCUACACCACCAUCCUCCCUGAGGAUGGGGGCUCGUACACCAACUCCAUCCUGUUUGACAGUGAUGACAACAUCAAGUGGGUCUUCCAGGACAUGGGGCUGGGGGACCCACAGGACUUUAGAGACUAUAUGGAAAGACUGCAGGACCAGAUGUAAACUCAUUUCUUAUGUUGUAUUCACCUUUAUGCCUUCUGUUUUCUGAACGGUGGAGCAGUGAGUCUGAUCAGCAAUAGGGUGACUUCACAAAGCUGAGUUCGUGGAGGUCUGGAGGGAGCCCUUUCUAAGCAUGUUUCACAGGCCUGGAGAGUUACAUCAGCUGGGUUUUAAGCUGGGAAAUGCUUCUAAAACAGCUACAUGUAGGGACUGGAGGAAUUCUAAGACAACAGUUUUUCCUACAGCCUGGUACCAGCUCAAUGCAGGUAGAGUAAACCCGACCCCACAGACAUUGUUAGUCAUCUCAUGGGCGAAUGGCUGUGUAUAGAGAGGAGAGAUUUGGAUGUUGAUUUUCCUGUUCCUAGACCUUUUAAAGCACAGUAGGCAGGUACAGCCCGUGGCCUGGGUUUGGACACACAUGAGAAGUGACUGAAUGUAGCUUUCCUUAUUUUUUAGGAGCACUGCUCAGUAUUUUUAUAUACAUUUCCACCUGCACCUGUUCCUUUGACCUCUGGAAUUUUUUUUUUUGAAACACGAAGAGAAGAAAUUUCAGUCUUUGAGAUCUGUGUGAUUUACAAAUGAGUUUUAUUCCCUGGGAUUUGCCCGCGUCACGUCAUUUCCUGGAUCUCCAUACAGGAUGUCAGGUUUUUCAAGUUUUGAGCACUUCUUUCUUUAGUGAUAGCAUCUAAGAAGCUUAUUCUCACUUUCUUUUUCCUA